AUGACGGUGGCUCCGUUCCACCGGGAACCCCCAGUUACGUCACCAGAGCUGUUCAAUGGAGAGUUGAAGUGCCGUGGAUUCUUGCUGCAGUACAGAUUUUUCAACAAAGACCACUAUCAUUCUCUACGGAGGCUUCAAAGACUAUUCAAUCUGAGGCAGGGCACGGACAGUGUGGCAGAAUACGCAAUUGAGUUUUGGACUCUGGCGGUGGAUUCCAAAUGGAACAAGGAAGCACUUCAAGGAGCACCGUCUCCCGAGGAACAUGAGUCACACGUCCGACAAGUCCUACGUCUCCUGGAGAAUAAGCUGUACAUUAAGGCUGAGAAAUGUGAGUUCCACAAACAGUCAGUUCCUUUCCUCGGCUUCAUCGUUGAGAGUGGGCAGGUGAAGGCAGACCCGAGAAGAUCCGGGCAGUUACAGAAUGGCCCACGCCCACUACCCAGGCCCACAGUUUACUUCUCGUGUCUGGAAAGUUUUUUUUGUACUGCUUUGGGUGCAUCUGUAAGUCUGUCCUCAGGGUUCCAUUCCCAAUCCAACGGUCAGACUGAGAGCGCCAAUCAGGACCUCGAAGCAUCCCUUCAUUGUGUGGCUGCUCAGCAUCGAUCCUCCUGGGCCAAACAUUUGCCGUGGAUAGAGUAUGCCCACAACUCCCUGACCACCUCCGCCACUGUCCUCUCACCUUUCGAGGUAGCCCUGGGAUACCAACCCCCCUUGUUUCCCGCUCAGGAGAAGGAAUUGGCUGUUCCCUCGGUGCAGGAGAACCUUCACCGCUGCCAUAAAGUUUGGAGCGACGCCCGGGAAGCCCUGCUUCGGAGCGAGGCUCACCACCAGCGCCAGAUCGUUGCACCUACCAGUGUGACCUACGCCUCAAGACCUGCUGCCGUGGUUGUUAUGCCAGCUCAUCACGCUCAAGCCUUCCUACCUUCCCGCUUGGAUUCCAGAAGGAAAUUUUGGACACACCACUGCCUGCCCACCUCAGCCCCUAUCCAGCUCGCAUUCAUCCUACCUUGUGUUUUCUGUCCUUGGUUGCUAUAAGUACUGAACUUUCAUUAAAACGUUUU